GCCAACCGAGCCAGUACGAAGGCCUUAUUCGAUGGGGAAUAAUCACUCUUCUUCGCUCCAAUUUCCAUUGAACCUUAUUUUUCUAUCGAACGAUAUUUACAUCGAUCUUACGACGUAACCCCGCGUCGCGUUCGACGAGCCAACUAACGAUAAACCAAAUGAAGUAAAUAAAUAUCGUACGAAGAACCAAACCCGGUCGACAAAAAAAGCUUUAAACAAAAAAAACUAAAAGUGCUCUGUGUAACGGUGACUCGAUUGAAGAAAGAAGUGCGAUUCGAAUCAGAUAUUUAAUUUUCCUAAAACGAUAAUCGUCACGUCAUAAUUAUGAAUGUUAGAAUAUCGCGACGCCGACUCGAUUUUCUCAAAUAUUGAAUAAAAGAGAGAGAGAAGAAAAAACUAAACCGCGGUCGUAAAUUGAUUCGUUAUAAAAAAAGAAACGAAAGAAGAGAAAAAAAGUGCAUAGUGAAAACAAUUUUAUCAUUGCACAGUUUAUGAUUCUAUACAGAUCGAUCUUCGGAACAAGGAGAUCACAGAUUCCCUGAAAUGACUGCCCAGGAGGCCAUCAUCAUAAAAAAUGCACGGAAGUGUUAUACGAAAAAUGUACCAGUUUUGGAUAACCUCAACAUGGUCGUUUCGCGGGGCUCCAUUUAUGGGCUUCUCGGAGCGAGCGGUUGCGGAAAAACUACCUUAUUAUCCUGCGUUGUUGGGGUGCAGCGAUUGGACGGUGGAGAUUUAUGGGUCUUAGGAGGAAGACCCGGUUCCCAAGGUUCCGGAAUUCCCGGACCUAGGGUCGGCUACAUGCCUCAGGAAAUAUCUUUAGUCAAAGAAUUCACGACCGCUAACGCUAUGUACUAUUUCGGACGCAUUAGCGGAGUCAGCGACAGCGACAUAGAGGAGAGACUCACCUUCCUGACGGACCUUCUUCAGCUCCCUCCGAGGAACAGACAGGUCAAACAUAUGAGCGGGGGACAGCAGAGGAGAGUAUCCUUCGCAGUUUCCAUGAUCCAUAGGCCCGAACUCCUCAUCCUCGACGAGCCAACCGUAGGACUGGACCCGGUACUGCGAGCAAACAUAUGGACUUACUUACUGAAACUCACAAAAGAGGAAGACACCGCUGUCGUUAUAACCACCCAUUACAUCGAAGAGGCUAAGCAGGCCCACAAGAUAGGCAUGAUGCGGUGCGGACAACUGCUGGCGGAGAACACACCUAACCAAAUUUUGGCACAGUUCGAAUGCGAAACCUUGGAGCAAGCCUUUUUAACCUUGAGUCAAAGACAAGCGGACAGACAGAACAAAGAAGAAACUGCCCCGGAGGCGGUGAACGAAGUGCCAACUGACUUGGCCGAAGUUACUUCGUCGACAGUAUCGCUUCAUAACGGGCACUAUAGCAGUACCGACAAUAUAAUAAGUAGCGAAAAACAGCAGAUGAAGAACAGGGAGGUCAGGUCACAACCCAGGAAGUCAUUUAAGCUGAGAAAGUAUCACGCGUUGAUGGUGAAGAAUAUUCUACAGCUAAUCAAACACCCGGGGGGAAUAGCAUUCGCCAUAUUCUUUCCUCUGCUCCAGACGUUCCUCUUUUUCAACGCGAUUGGAAGAGACCCGAGGAACUUGCAUAUGGCUGUGGUCAACGAAGAGGCUGGCAAUUGUAACUCGAGCAGCAUGUGGGGCGAAAUAAACUACGACGUAGAGACCGACGUGUGCGAAUUUGUAGACUUGAGCUGCAGAUACUUACACGGCUUCGACGAAUCCAUUGUUACAAAGGAUUAUUAUCCCGACCAAGCAACCGCCUUCGAAGCUGUCACAGGGGGCAGAGCCGUCGGCUUGAUGUACUUUGCCAGAAACUUCUCCCAAGCUCUUCAGAGUCGAAGAGACGACGGGAGAUACGUGAGCUCCGAAGAUUUGGAGAGCGGUCAAAUCCAGAUAUCCCUGGACAUGGGGAACCGACAAAUUGGCUUGUGGCUGAAGAAAAAACUCUACGAUCGGUACUUCGAAAUCCAAGAGGAAGUUUUGACGGCAUGUAACACUUCUCCGAGACAGGGCGAUUUGCCGCUCAGGUUCCAGGAACCUAUCUACGGUGAAAAGGACCAAAAAUUCUCCAUGUUUAUGGCCCCAGGUUUUUUGCUGACCGUGGUUUAUUUCCUGGCGACCUCCUUGACGUCGGCAAUCAUAAUUACGGAUCGUCUGGAAGGAGUGUGGGACAGGAGUUUGGUGACAGGAAUCACGACACUGGAAAUCCUCGGGGCUCACAUUCUCAUGCAAUUUGGAGUGACGAUUAUACAAGCGACGUUGAUUCUCACCGUGAGUUUCGUUGGUUUUGAACUCCCUUGCAAAGGACCUCUCCUGGGGGUGAUCGUCCUAAUUUUACUGACUGGAUUCUGCGGGAUGUGUUACGGACUCUUCAUCUCGAUAAUGGUCUCCACCCACACGGUGGCGAACUACGUAUCGACUGGGACGUUUUACCCCCUGAUUCUGCUCUCGGGGUGCAUUUGGCCGAUGGAAGGAAUGCCCAUAUUUCUCCAAUGGAUAAGUCGUACUCUGCCAACAACUGUGCCUGCGCUUUCCAUGCGAGCCAUGUUGGAAAAAGGACACUCGAUAGACGAGUCGGACGUUUACAGCGGAUUUCUAAUCAUAGCUGCUUGGACCGUGUGCCUAGCGAUUCUCUGCAUACUAGGCCUGAGGUCGAAGACGGCGGGUUAAAACAGACGGGAUUAGUAAUCCGAAUUUCUUGAAACUCCACGAAAUCCGACAAACAAAGAAGACUCACGUGCAGAAACCUGCCGGGAUUUGGGGGGGGGGCAGGGAACGAAAUAAAAUACUAAAUUUACAACCGGUACGAAAUUGUUUUUUGAUAGGAAAGCCACUCGAGUCGCAUGCGAUUGGGGGGCGAAUAUCGUUAAUUGGCGAAUCGACCGAAUAUCAUCAUUUACUCAUUCUUGAAAAACUUCUUUUUCAACGACGUCGGAGUGAGGUGUUUGUUUUGCUCACCAGGCCAAAUCGCUUCGGCCACGUAAUAAGUGUGCGUUGAUUUUUUUCUCCUCUUCUAUAGGUAUUUUGUAAAAAGGAAAUACAAGAUCCGGUCAUCCCGACGAAAGGAUAAAUUUUAUGUCAACUUGUUUCUUUCACGAAUUCAUCAUAUUUUACGAGAUAUACUUAAUUGCUAUUUACGGAUUAGUGUAGCGAUAAUUAUAAAGAUGACGUAACGAUAUGAACAUACCAGUAUAUUCUACAAAUACUUGUGUCCGUACGAACUUAGUAUAGGAAAUGUUUUAUAUGUAAAUAAAUUAUUUAUGAUUAUUAAAAGUGUCCUUACUAAUCUGAGGAUAGAAAUCUGCGAAA